AACAGCAACUUGACCCAAGAUGGCCGUGGUAGUUGGAGUCAAAAGUCCAGGCAAAAUAUGUUGUCUGCUCGGCUGGUUAGUUUUCAAACCUUCAGGCGUUGUUUGUUCUGUGUCUUUACAAAAGCGCUCUUGAUUUUGAAUGAUAGCUCCUUUGGCGAUAAUAUACUGUAGGUGGAUUUUACUUUUUUAAAUGUUUAAAACUGUAGCAAUAUGGUUGUUAAAUUAAGGAUGUUUUUAUUUGUUUGCUAUGCAGUACUGUAUAGUAGGGAUGCAACUAAUUUGAUAAUCGAUUACUCUGUCGAUUAUUACUUCAAUUAAUAAUCGGAUAAAAGAGACAAACUACAUUUCUAUCCUUUCCAGUAUUUUAUUGAAAAAACAGCAUACAGGCACCAUACUUAUUUUGAUUAUUGUUUCUCAGCUGUUGGUAAAUUUUGCAGUUUAUAAAUAAAAGUUUAUUAAAAAAGAAAAAGAAAUAAAAGCCUAUGCGCAUAGCAUAGAUCCAACGAAUCGAUGACUAAAUUAAUCGCCAACUAUUUUUAUAAUCGAUUUAAUCGAUUAGUUGUUGCAGCCCUACUGUAUAGUACUUCAUAUUGUACUCAAAGUGUACAAACUAAUAUAUAGACUUUUAUCAAGGCUGGAAGCCAUUAUUAUUCAUAUUCUUAUGGGGAAAUUUGCUUUACCAUAUGAACUAUUCAAUUUACAGACCCUGUUCAAGAACCAAUUAAGUUUGUGAUAUUAGAUUGCACUGUACUAGUCCAGGUUACAACAAGAAUUCUGUUGAUUUUUAAUGACAUUUUGACCCAAGAUGGUCGUGGUAGUGGCAGUCAAAAUAUCUUCUCUUUGGCUGGUUACAUCUUUCAGCGUGUACUCUUAAGCCUUUAGGCAUUGUUUUCUGGUGUCACAAGAAAACUAUUGUUUUUUUUUAGCUGGAACCAUCCAAGAGUCUUUUGGGGUAUUUUGAAGUGAAAUUUGGUCAAAUUUGCAUGUCAUUCUCUUCAAAAACUUCAGUUAUUGUUUGUUGUGCGUCAGAACAACAACCCUGUUGGUUUGGGGUGCAACCGAGUUCAGUUGGAAAAAUCAAAUAAAAGCGUACUAGUCAGUAAAUUAAGUAAUUAACCUGAAAGCUUCAGGUAUGGCUUUAAAGACCCCACACAAAGAUGGCAGAGGUACUGUGGUUGAGGGCUCAGCUUUUAGUACCAAGUAGCUCAGAGUUGACAUUAGAUCAUUUGUUCUGCUGAUCAGUCAAGCGACACAUUGUCUUCUCAAGAAAUGUUUGUCCGCGGAACAGGAAUAGUAAAAAAAAACCAUCAGCUAUAAGAAAUUGAAAUGUAUCCUUUCUGAGCCUUUUGUGUCAAGCGUGUGAUGUUCCCCAGCAGAGAUGUGCUUUAUGUAUGCAUUCCUGCACUGACAUUUCGUCAAGGGCCAGCGGCCAUCUUGUUGCACGCGCUCAUGCUAGUGAUUAGCUCGUGUUAGCGGAGCAGGUGACGCAUCAGGAUUGCAGCAAUCCUCAAUGAAGCCAUGUGAGUUGAGGGGUGUUCACAUGCUAUAAAUGGGAUUGGAGGCGGGGUGUGCUGUAAAUUUGGACCCUGGGGGGGGGGGGGAAGACUUAUUUUGUAGACACGUGUGUUUAAAAGAGCCAGUUUAUGGGGUUUAAUUAAAGAAAAGUGAUGUUGUCUUCAGAGGACAAUGUGAAUAACAUGGAGGCGGGAGGUUGAUGAUGAUGAUGAUGAUGCGGCUCGCUCACAUGACACGGCUGUAACUAUCUGCCGGGGCAAUGGGUGUGUGAAAUGUUGCUUUAGUUAGUUGAGUGCUGGUCUGCAGACCUUCUCUGGCCUCUCCACCUGCAGGAUCCACCUCGUCAUCCUGGACCAUGGGAAGGUAAACAUGAGGGGAUAAUCUGCAUCGAUGGGCGCGGCGUUCUCCAAGUUCUGCAUGCGGUGCUGCUGCUACUGCUGUGCCGACAGUGAUGACGACGACGACGAGAAGCAGCCCUUGAUACCAAACACGGAUCCGCUGGAAUAUUUCAGCCGGGAGGUCCAGAAACGUCGUGACGAGGAGACCAACCUGUGGAGCGAGCCGGGGGACCCCAGCCACACGGAGAGGGACGACGACCGAGCGCUACACUCACUCCUGCAGGCCCGCAACAAGACGCGUGUUGGAACUACGGGUUAUCGUCGUCUAAGCGUGGACAUUGAGGCCAUGAGAGACACUCGCAGGGAAGUCCGAGACAAGUGGAAGACCCUCUUGGAAAACCUUGGCUUCAUGGCGGAGGCCGACUCGCUGCUGAACGUGUCUGCCACCGCUUCGCUCGACCGCAUGCGCGACGCGGCGGCCGCGCGCUCGUUGCUGCAGACGCUCCAUUCCGAUACGUCCCUCUUUAACAGCGGGGAAGCGCCGCCGGAAAGAUACCUCUUCAUCCUGGAUCGCCUGCUGUAUCUCGACAUCGCCGAGGACUUUCUGUCGAAAGCAAAGCGCUUCUACCCACCGCGGAACUCGUCGGACGAGGACACGCCAGAGGGCGCCAUCAACCUGCCGCUGCUGCUGGCCCGAGUGCAGGCCAUGAACGGGACGGCAGGCAACGACGAGGGCGACAGCGAAAAGUCAGGAGACUACCCGUGAUGCGGCAGUACUCAGAGACACCAGACAGUGGUGUUCGACGUCCAUCCAGGAGGGAUGGAGGACAGAAACUCUAAGGUCUUUCAUUCUCUGCUCUCCUCUCUCGAAGUGCAUGAAUUAUAUCUUAUUUUCUUUGGCUGCCAGGAAGUUCUUAGCCUGCUUUGUUGUGUAAAGAACCUUCAGGGUCUUGACGUCCUGUGACGCCUCACAUGACCGAUAAAACCCCCAAACAAAGAAUUGCUGACUCGCUCUUGAAUGUGUCUUCAAGCAGGGACGUGUGCCCACCCUGUGACUCCUCUACUCUUUGUCCCCCUCCAUGUCUCAGCAAUGUGGUCAUGUGGACAUCCCAGUUUUGUCUUCUGAUGUCCUCUUUAGCGUCAAAUAAAGUUGCAGCACAGAGUC